AUGAAGUACUCGUUCGCCUUGUUCCUCAUCUUCGCGGUCGUCUGCGGCACGCAGGCAAGUGCCGUCCACAAAACAGGUUUCUUCCAAGAUUCCGUCGAAUCUUUGAAGCAGUCGAUCGACUCGAUGUUACUGAGAACGAUCCGCGAGGUCCAACAGCUCAAUGAAAAGGUCCAAGAGAAAUCCGAGAGGGUCUUCGGUUACGUGCAGGAAAAGGCCUACCAAGCCAUGAAGACCGUGCGCCAUCAGAUCCGACGGCCCUUGGACGAGGUCAACGAGACAUUGGCCAAGCUCCAGAAGACCAGCGAGGAAAAGAACGUCGACUUGAGCCAUUGCGCCGAGAUCGCCGUGAGACAUCGCCAAAUGAUCCUGUCGAAGCUCGACGGCUCGGCCCAGUGCUUCGAGAAGACCCUCGACCGAGUCGCCGGCAAUCUGGACCAGAUCAAGAGCGACAGCAACGACGUCCUGGCCAGUCUCAACGAGAUCCUCGAGGAAUCCACCGAGUGCCUCGCCAAUCCCGAACAAUCCAUCCUCAUGAAUCUCGCCUGUCUCACCGACAAAAAGCUCAAAGCCAUCUGGGAAGUGACCAAGAACGUACCCAUGAUGACCGUGAACCUGGUCCGCUUCGUCGGCGGCGCCGUCACCUCGCCCGUGCCCACGACCUACUGCGUGUCCCAGAGCGCCUUCAAUCUCCUCACCUCGCAAGUACCUGCCAAAAUGAAAGCCGUCCACAUGUGCGUGAAAAAGACCGUCGACGACAUGUUCCACAAAGCCACGACCGAGGCACCAGCCAGCGAAUCCCCCGCCGCCGAGGACGAUCAAGCCACCGUCGCCAGUGUUCCUGAAACCGCUGAAACUUCGUCGACCGCCGCCCCCGUCGAGGUGUCGACCACCGAAGCUGGCCCACUUGGCCCAGUUGGCGACGCCCUAUUCCCCGAAGACGUUGCCACUCAGGUUCCAGAAGUCGACAACUAAU